CGCGUCGAACUGAUCAAAAAUUUGUCGAAAAGGAACGAUGUGAUUGAACGUUUGACAAUGGCUCUGGGUUCGGUAUUUUCAACUGAAUACAAUUUUUUGUUGGUUUUGUAUUAUUAUAUGAGAGUGUUUGUGUACGAAAAUGUUGCAUUUAUAGCACCAUCAAUAUAUGAACAUGACGAUAUCAAACGUGGUUUAUUAUGCUUAUUAUUCGGUGGAACUCGCAAAGAAGAGAGUGUAAACCAUAGAGCAAAAGCACGCUCUGAAAUCAACAUUCUGCUGUGUGGUGAUCCUGGCACAAGUAAAUCACAGUUGUUACAGUAUGUUUAUCGACUUGUACCACGUGCGCAGUAUACAUCUGGUAAAGGCUCAUCUGCAGUUGGUCUAACUGCAUCAGUAGCUCGCGAUCCUGAUACGAAACAUCUUGUUCUUCAGACAGGUGCGUUAGUACUAGCAGAUAAUGGUGUGUGUUGCAUCGAUGAAUUUGAUAAGAUGAACGAUAGCACGCGAUCGGUACUUCAUGAGGUUCGUUUCUGA